AUGUUAGAGGCCAUCCUGGACGUGUUAUUGAUGGACACGUCUGCGGACGAGGACGUGUGCAUCAGCAAGCAGUUGUUAAGCGUCGGGCACGCCGACAGUCGCCCCGACGCCGCGACGCAGAGAUCGGACUUGUACCUCUUCCCGCAGUUCGCCGCGCUCGAGUCCGGCGCCACUCCCAACGUCUGCGAAAUCCAAACCUGCCUGCGCGACGGCAUCAUGCUCGACUACGUGGAGGACUACCGCCGCCACGUGCCCGCCUGCCGGCCGCUGCACGAGCGCCCUGAGGCAGCAACGAGCAACGAGAGCUCGCCGUCGCCCGACGAGCAGCCGGAAACCUCGAGCGCCUCCCGGGCGCUUUGCGAUCAUCCACGUGCGCGCCCGAUAGGCCCCCGCGACCCACGCAACGGGCCUUGCCCGCGUUGCUGCGACCCCCGCCUAGACCAGCGCGCUCCUUUCGAUCCACCGCGCGAUCCGUACAACGCUCCUAGCCCGCGCGCGCCCUCCGCUCCUCCACGUAUGCGCCCGUUGGUCCCGCGUAAUGUGCGCAGCGCCUCUAGCCCUCGACCCCCAAUCUUACAUCCACCGCGUUAUCGCCGGAAGGGCUCUCUCGAACCGUACAACGCCACUAGCCCGCAUUGUGACGGCCUCAGUGUAGAUCCGUGGGCGCCCUGCGAUUCUCCGCGUGGGCGCCCGAUGAGCCCGCGCGAAUCACGCAAUGCCCCUAGCCAGCUUUGUGACGUCCCGCUAGUGCCCCGCGUGGCCUUACGCUCUCCACGCAACGCUCCUAGCACACGUUUCAACACGCCCCGAGUGUCCCAGGGCGAUCCGCGGAACGCCCCUAGAACGCGUUGCGAUGCUUCGCGUGCGCCACGCGCCGAUCUGCUUGCGUCUCAAGGCGCCGUUCCGCGCCACCGGCCGCUCGAUCCCAAUCUGUCGAUGCGCUCGUCCUCCAGCCCUCCAGAGUCCACUUCGUGCGGCAGACCGCCGGCGUCCGAAGCUCGUCCGAUUCCCCCGAGCCCGCCUCCGUUCCGCGAGGCCCUGCGCGCUCAGUACAACGCCCCUAACCCACGUUGUGAUGCCCCGCGUGUGCCACGCGCCGAACUGCUUGCAUCUCAAGGCGCCGUUCCGCGCUACCGGCCGCCCGGUCUCAAUCAAUUGAUGCGCUCGUCCGGCAGCCCGCCAGAGUCCGCCUCGUCCAGCGACUCGUCGGCGUCUGAAGCUCGUCCGCCUCCCCCGAGCCCGCCUCCGUUCCGCGAGGCCUUGCGCGCUGCGUGCAACGCCCCUACCCCACGUUCCGAUGUUCCGCGUACGCCGCGCGCCGAACUGCUUGCGUCUCAAGGCGCCGUUUCACGCCACUGGCCGCUCGAUCCCAAUCUGUCGAUGCACUCGUCCUCUAGCCCGCCAGAGUCCACCUCGUAUGGCGAACCGCCGGCGUCCGAAGCUCGUUCAACUUCUCUGAGCCCGCCUCCGUUCCGCGAGGCCCUGCGCACCCCGUACAACGCCCCUAAUCCACGUUGUGAUGCCCCGCGUGUGCCCCGCACCGAACCGCUUGCGCCUCCAAGCGCCGUUCCGCGCUACCAGCCGCCCGGUCUCAAUCGGUCGAUGCGCUUGUCCGGCAGCCUGCCAGAGCCCACCUCGUGCAGUUUCUCGUUGGACUCUGUAACUCGUCCGACUCUCCCGAGCUUGAACCCGUCUGACGAGGUUCCGGCCCGGUCCCCGCCGCCAACGUACGGCGCUAGCGUAGGGCUCGGCGCCAGCGUGUUGCUGCCGAUGGUGGAUUGUGAGAUUUUCCAGCUGUUGGGAAUGGUCAAUGUCAGCGCAGCGCGCUGGUACAUGUCGAAUGCGAUAUCGCGCGCGAUGCCCACGGGCCAGACGUCGGCGUUACCAACGGCGUCCACGCUGAAUUUGGCGCCACCGACAUCCACGCCCAACUUAGCGCCGCCGGCGUUCAUGCCGAAUGUCGCGAUGCCGGCGUCCACGCUGAACGUGGAGGCACCGGAGUACCAACCCGCCGGCGAACGCCCGCCGCCCGCGCCCUUCUAA